AUGGAGCGAAACGCCACAUCUUCUCCUGCUGUUAAUGCAUCCGACGAUGCCACAGUCAGCUAUUUGUUGUCCCGGGUCUUGUCCGGUGGCAAAAUAUGCAGGGUAACGGAACUGGCUGCAUUUCUUCCCCAGUGGCUUGGCAGCAUCAAAGAGAAUAAGCCAGUUUCUCCGGAUAUCCCAGAAUUACUAACUCAUCUUCUACUCCCAUUUGGCACAACUGCUAUUCUGGAGCACCUUGAGAGGCCCCAACCCUCUGACUCUUUGAGCGAGAGACAGAGGUGGAUGGUAAAACUCCGUAUCCUCAUGGACAACAAAGCACACGAAAGGAUGUUGCAGAAGUUGGAGUCUAUGGCGGACCAGCAGCUAUCAUUCGAAGAUCUCUGUGAGCUAGAGAACGCUCAAGAAGACAGUGCAGAUAACUACCUCGUCAUUGACCCCAAACGAACCCUACAAUUUGACUAUGACAUGCGGGAUGUGAUGACUCGAGGUGACAAAGACGCGAUGAAAAAGCACGCCGAUGUCUUUUACGUGACCGGCUACGUUGCCUGGACCGUUCGAUCUCCUUACUGGAAUGUCGCCCUGGCCACCGAUGAUGAAGGUAAUCGACUUCUCUCAGACGACGUUUUGGAUAAAGUCCUUCCCAAAUGGAGACAAAUCCUCGCCGGAGAGACGAUCCCAACCCCGAAAUAUGGUGUUGUCGAUUCUUUUCGUUCAUGGCUGGCUAGGGAGGAGAAGAAGGCCAUUGAUCUCGGCAGACCUUGGCCGAACACCCCUGUCAAGACCAUCUCUUCAGCAUCGAGGCCCAAGUUUAUAAGCCCCAAGACUCCAGAACCCUAUUCUCGCCUUCGCACUAUGGAUACGGGUCGUCUUUCUCCGCUCGAAUCCAGUCCCGAUGUCACGAAUACUGAGCAAACUGGACUGCUCCGAGAGGUACUUAAGGAGGUCAAGGAAUUGAAGGGCAUGGUGAACCAAAUGGUCAGAAAGCAGCAGGAGUACGAGAUUGCAGAAAAUCAAAUGCCUGAAUCUUGGCAACAGGGCUACACUCCCAUUCCUCAAGGAAUGCAGCCAAACUAUUUCGUGCCGCAACAGGGUCAAUUCGUCGACCCUCAAUAUCAAUACCCAAUACUUGACCAAGGUUGGCAAUGCUGGGAUUCACAAGGCCAAGGCCAGACUUCCACGCCAGGCCCAGGGCCUGGUUCAGCUCGUCAUUGCUGA